AUGGAAGGCGGUUCGGUGCUUUUUUGGUUUCUGUGGUUCCUAAUAGUCAGUGUUUUCAUUGAUGACGCCCACCAGAAUCCUGACUUUUCAGUCGAGAAAUUAUUUGACGCAUUUAAAUAUGGUGUAGAUCCUGAAGUAUAUCAAAACAUAACAGAAAUAAUUUCUUCGAAAGGUUAUACACCUCAGGAGCACUACAUAACGACUGAUGAUGGAUACGUGCUUUGUAUAAUUCGAAUUUUGCCGAAGUGUGAUCAACCUUUCAGUAAACAAAAGGUUGUUUUUCUUCAGCAUGGUCUCUUGGACUCUGCGCACACGUGGGUCAACAAUCUUGGAAAUGAAAGUUUAGGAUUUAUACUUUCAGACAAUUGCUAUGAUGUGUGGAUGGGGAAUAGUCGCGGAAGCACAUACUCGUCCAAGCACAAGUUCUUAAAACCGGAAGAUAAGGAAUUCUGGGAAUUUUCAUGGGAUGAGAUGGGCAAAUACGACCUUUCUGCAUCAAUAAAAUAUGUCCUCGAUCAUACGAAGGCAGAAAAAAUAAGUUAUAUAGGACAUUCACAGGGUUGUCAAGUUGUGCUAGCCUGUUUCACUGAAUAUCCGGAGCUGCAAUCCCGUGUCAACUUAUUUAUUGCUCUUGCUCCGGCUGUUUAUCUUGGCUCUAUGCGAAGUCCUAUACGUUUCAUAGCACCGUAUAUAAAAGCUGUAGAACCAGUUGUUGAAUGGUUUGGAAAUGGUGAAUUUUUACCAUCAAAUAAAAUUAUUCAAUUUUUGGGCACAUUUUUAUGCAAAUCAAAUCAUAUACCUUUUGUUUGUAGUAAUAUAAUUUAUUUGAUGGUGGGAUACGAUGCAAGAAAUACAAAUGAGACAAGACUGCCAGUUUAUGUUGCGCAUACUCCCGCUGGGACUUCAGUUCAAAAUAUGGUUCAUUAUUGUCAAGCUAUAAUGUCUGGUCGUUUUCAAAAGUAUGACUAUGGAAAUGAGAAAAAUGAAGAAAUCUAUGGUCAGCCUAAUCCACCAUUGUAUAACCUAUCUAAAUUGAAAGUGCCUACAGUCAUCUAUUAUGGCGGUCAUGAUUGGCUUGCCUCGCCUAAAGAUGUUCGAAAACUUGCUAAACAAAUUAGCUAUACUAUUUCUUCCGUAAAUUAUUUUCCUCAGUAUAACCAUAUGGAUUUUGUUUGGGGUUUAGAUGCUGGCAAAGUGUUAUAUCCUUCAGUAUUAGAACAUUUGUCAGAAGUUUAA